AUGACCUCCCAGAAAACCCCUUUGAGUCCAAUCUUCUCUCCGAAGGGAUACGUCCACACAAGAAGGUUGCCAUGUCCCACUCCAGGAGGCAGCAGGCCUUUGGGUGUUUCCCCACAGAGCCUCCUGAGUGGCAGUGCUGUGGAGGACCUGCGGGAGGGAGCACCGCCUGCCCCACAGAGGAGUCACCCCCCAGGACUUUUCUGCUCUUCCCAGGGCAAUUCGGGGCUGGGCUUCAGCAUCGCAGGCGGGACGGACAACCCUCACAUUGAGGACGACUCCAGCAUCUUCAUCACCAAGAUCAUCCCUGGAGGGGCGGCCGCUCAGGAUGGUCGGCUGCGGGUGAGCGACUGCAUCUUGCGCGUCAACGAGGUGGACGUCCGGGACGUGACGCACAGCAAAGCCGUGGAGGCCCUGAAGGAGGCCGGCUCCAUGGUGCGCCUGCACAUCAAGCGGCGGAAGCAAGUCACGGAGAAGAUUGUGGAGAUCAAGCUGGUCAAGGGCCCCAAAGGGCUCGGGUUCAGCAUUGCCGGCGGGGUCGGGAACCAGCACAUUCCUGGAGACAACAGCAUCUACGUCACCAAAAUCAUCGAAGGUGGCGCAGCACACAAGGACGGCAGGCUCCAGAUCGGAGACAAGCUCAUGGCCGUGAACACAGUCUGCUUGGAGGAAGUGACCCACGAAGAGGCCGUGACGGCCCUCAAGAACACCUCCGACCUGGUCUACCUGAAGGUCGCCAAGCCCACCAGCAUGUUCAUGAACGACAGCUACGCCCAGCCCGCGGACCUCGCCAACUCGUACUGCCAGCCCAUGGACAACAACCACGUUGGGCCCCCCUCGGGCUUCCUGGGCCAGACCCCUCCGCCAGCGCCUUCGCCCUCGCCCGGGAGGUACUCUCCGACCCCCAAGGGCAUGCUGGGAGACGACGAGGUCACCAGGGAGCCUCGGCGGCUGGUGCUCCAGAGGGGCUCCACGGGGCUCGGCUUCAACAUUGUGGGCGGCGAGGACGGGGAGGGGAUCUUCGUCUCCUUCAUCCUGGCCGGGGGACCUGCAGACCUGAGCGGGGAGCUCCGCAAGGGGGACCGCAUCAUUUCGGUGAACGGUGCUGACAUGAAAGCAGCCACCCACGAAGAAGCAGCCGCUGCCUUGAAGAAUGCGGGCCAGACGGUCACCAUUGUGGCCCAAUACCGCCCAGAAGAAUACAGCCGCUUUGAGGCCAAGAUCCACGACUUGCGGGAGCAGAUGAUGAACAGCAGCAUCAGUUCGGGGUCCGGCUCCCUGCGGACAAGCCAGAAGCGCUCCCUCUACGUCAGGGCCCUCUUUGACUACGACAAGAUGAAAGACAGUGGCCUGCCCAGCCAGGGGCUCAACUUCCGCUUUGGGGACAUCCUCCACGUCCUCAACGCCUCCGAUGACGAAUGGUGGCAGGCACGGCUGGUGGUCCCGGGCGGCGAGGGCGAGGAGGUCGGCGUCAUCCCCAGCAAGCGCAGGGUCGAGAAGAAAGAGCGUGCUCGGCUCAAGACGGUCAAGUUCAAUUCCAAAGGCCGAGGGGAGAAAGGGCAGUCAUUCAAUGAUAAGCGUAAAAAGAACCUCUUUUCCCGCAAGUUCCCCUUCUACAAGAACAAGGAGCAGAGUGAGCAGGAGACCAGUGACCUGGACCAGCACGUGACCUCCAACGCCAGCGACAGCGAAAGCAGCUACCGUGGCCCCGAGGAGUACAUCCUGUCCUACGAACCGGUCUCCCAGCAGGAAGUGAGUUACACGCGGCCGGUGAUCAUCCUGGGACCCAUGAAGGACCGCAUCAACGACGACCUCAUCUCCGAGUUCCCUGACAAGUUUGGCUCCUGCGUCCCCCACACCACGCGGCCAAAGCGGGAGUACGAGGUGGACGGUCGGGACUACCACUUUGUCACGUCCCGGGAGCAGAUGGAGAAGGACAUCCAGGACCACCGCUUCAUUGAGGCCGGGCAGUACAACAACCACCUCUACGGGACAAGCGUCCAGUCCGUGCGGGAGGUGGCUGAGAAGGGCAAGCACUGCAUCCUGGAUGUCUCUGGAAACGCCAUCAAGCGGCUGCAGAUCGCCCAGCUGCACCCCGUCGCCAUCUUCGUCAAACCCAAAUCCGUGGAGAACAUCAUGGAGAUGAACAAGCGGCUGACGGACGAACAGGCGCGGAAGACGUCGGAGAGGGCCAUGAAGCUGGAGCAGGAAUUCACGGAGCAUUUCACUGCCAUUGUCCAGGGCGACACCUUGGAGGAGAUCUACGACCGGGUCAAGGCGGUCAUUGAGGAGCACUCCGGCCCCUGCAUCUGGGUCCCGGCCAAGGAGAAGCUCUGAGGGGGUGCCACUGCCACGCCCCCCCACCCAGCGCCAGACUGCCUCUCUCUCUCUCUCUCUCUCUCUCUCUUUCCUGCCCAGAGAGUGAAUGGGCCAAUGAGCAGGUGCCCUUGCUGCCCCCCCCCCUGGAAGCACCUGCUCCUCCUCCUCCUCCUACCCCCCCCAUCCAUCUCCGCCCCCUUUGGUGCCCCUUUCCUGCCGUCCGGAGCCUGCCCCCCCAAAAGGGCAUGUCAAUGGGGGGGUCCCCUUUUUUCCCAUGGGGGGGUCAGCGGUUGGGACCCGUUUUGGUGGGGGGGGAGGCGGGGCGCUGCAUGGUAAAGUCCUUAAUGUUUAAGGGAGUGCGGUGUCCUGGGGGGGGGGGGAUUUUGAGGAAACAGAGCUUUAUAUUCGAUGUCCUUUUUUUCUCUCUUGAGAUUUCUUAACACGAAUGAAAGACAAGUGGUCUUAACGAACCCAUUUGUGAGCCAUUUUGCACGCUUAACUUUACUCGCAUGGUUUGGUCCGGGGGGGUCGGGGUCGGGGGUCGGGCUUCCCAGUUGCGUCGCGUUCUGUCCUCGGCCGCGGACCUGCUUGACGGGCCACCCAUUUGGGGGGGGGGGGGUCUUUCUCAUGCGUCCGACUCGAUGUCUGCGUGACUGGCGUUGUUUCAUAAGGGAAGGCUCAUUUUCAUAAGGGUUUCAUAAGGAUAUCCUUUAUAGUCUAUUUUUCCAUGUUUUGUGAUGCCAUUGCAUUGCCCCGGGGAGGGGGGGGAGAAGGCCUCGUUCCCUCCCUCCCACCUCUGUGGAAGUGGGGGGCUCUUCCGGCAAACCCAGAGUGGUCGGUGCUCCGGAGUCGGGGGGGCGCCCCAUUUCCCCCCAG